UCCACCGUCGAGUGAAGCCGAGCUGAGCGAAGUGGAGAAGAAAACAGCCGAAUAUUGAUAUUUUAAAAAGUUUGGGACGUGCGCGUGGCUUUUAAAAUCGAGGGAGGAGAGCCGACAAGACGGACACGCGCUCGGUGGGCUCUUCGCCCCACUUGUGUUUUAAGACAUGGACGCUUUGAAAUCCGCUGGAAGGGCAAUUAUACGGAGCCCGAGCAUUGCUAAACAGUCGUGGGGAUCAGGCAGACAUAAAAAGCUUCCAGAGAACUGGACGGACACGAGGGAGACUCUCCUGGAGGGCAUGGUGUUUCACCUCAAAUACCUGGGGGUGACGAUGGUGGAGCAGCCCAAAGGCGAGGAGCUCUCUGCAGCCGCCGUCAAGAGGAUAGUUGCCACGGCCAAAGCCAGUGGGAAAAAGCUCCAGAAAGUCACGCUGACGGUCUCGCCUCGUGGAAUCAUCCUUUACGACAGUGCCUCAAACCAGCUGAUAGAAAAUAUCUCCAUAUACAGAAUAUCAUAUUGCACUGCGGACAAGAUGCACGAUAAGGUGUUUGCCUACAUCGCCCAGAGCCAGCACAACGAGACUCUCGAGUGUCACGCCUUCCUCUGCUCCAAGAGAAAAAUGGCCCAGGCCGUAACCCUGACGGUGGCUCAGGCUUUCAGAGUGGCAUUCGAGUUCUGGCAAGCUUCCAAGGAAGACAAAGAGAAACGAGUGAAGUCGGGUUCAGAUGGCGAAGGAGCCAGCAACUCUCAGUCGGACAGCUCGGCCAGCCUGGGCAGCCUGAAGGGAGGAGAUGCAGCCACGGCAACUCUCCUGGAGUUUGCAGAGGGAGCCAAAGCGGCACAGGCCCACUCAGGAGCAAAACCAGCCGAGUCGGAUCCCUUCAUGGUGAAUAAUCACUCGGCGGAGAACAACAAUACCGUUUGGGAGCUGGAGGAUGGUCUGGAUGAGGCGUUUUCAAGCCGCAGUCUGGAUAGCUUUGAAUCCUACUCAGACUCGCUGAGUCUCGCACUAACCCCCAGGUCCUGGACAUUGGGGUAAAUCCUCAGGACUUGAACAAUGAAGAGUGCCUCACCUCAGGCAAAUGGGACCAAGAAGAGACAGACUCAGCUGCACAAAAAGACACGUUUGAGUUCUAAAGUAAAACCUCUGCCAAGAAGAAGGGAAAACCAGGGGAGGAAAAGAAGACAAAAUGCUGGUAGAAUAGAUACAGAAGCUCGUGAAAUCAGCAAGUUUUCCCAGCUUCUCCCUGCUGACAUGUUUUCGAACGGUCUGUGGAUCUCUGAUGGCUCUGAAUCCACCUGAGCAGAGAAGGACAACACGAGCUGACUGUUCACACACCAGGCCAAAGCAAUACAAACCAGUUCACCCCUUUACUUUCAAUGAAAAAAAAAAAAAAAAACAUGCAGCAACUCCAUGUUUUGUUACAGCCAGUCAGUUAUUAUGUUUUGUUUUUACCUAUCACUCCUAUGUAUGUGUACACUGCGACACAGAAGGCGUGUGAGAGCUACCGCUGUUGUUUUCUUUAGCAGAUUGGAUGCUAACUUGUUAAAUCCAUACUGUGUUCAGCAGGACGUUACUACCUAUAUGUGUGUCACAACUCCAGUGGGCACAAAAGCUUUAAAAAAUGUGUCAAAACAAAGUGACAAUCCUAUUUUUUUCUACUGCAAAAACUAUUUUUGCACUCAGCUUUCAUUCUUCUUUAAAAGUACAGAAUUUAUGUAAGGGGAUUUUAAAGUCAAACACCUUUUUGCUUUCAGACUAAUUGCUUUUAAUCCUCAACUUGAAAAACUGUUUAAUAACUCUGAAUCCCUGCUCUAAAUUUGUGUGACGAAUACAUUGACACUGUGGUGUGUAACACAGUUUUAUUAAAAGCAAUUGCCAAUUCAUAAUUCCCACUCAGGCUCAAGGCUGUAAUAAGAAAAGCAAUCAGUUACUUUAAUCUCUCGUGUUCAUUUGAACUCUUGGAUUCAGACUUGUUAAACAGAUCAUUAAGAGGAUGAAGAGCUUUUAUUGGCACUCGGACGGCAUUUGUCAAAAUAUGUUACAGUGACAUUCAGUUUACAAUUUUUAAUUCCCCUCUUAUCCCAAAGGGACUGUUCCCAGUGUUAUUUUUGGUGUUUGUUUUUUGCAUUAAUUUAAGUUACAUAAAUUUUAAUAAAAAUCUAAUUAUA